AGGACUCAAUCCUCAACAGUGAGACGUAAGGAGAAGAUGUUUGGUGGAACUUCUAGGACAGCUUCCCCAGAGAUGCACAUGCAUCUUCCACCAACCUCGCGGGAAUGUAGACAUGAUGAGUAGAGCGCCUGCACCACCUUAGACCAUAGGUGCCUCGAGGAUGGAAGCCACUGAUUGCUCACGUGACUGAAGGCAACCAGAGAUGGAAGGGGCCAACAGCAGCUUCUGGGAGGGCUUCAUUCUGAUGGGUGUGUCUGACCAUCCCCAGCUGGAGAUGACCUUUUUCACUGUCAUCCUCUGCUCUUACUUGCUGACCCUAGUUGGGAACUCAACCAUCAUUCUGCUUUCCCGCCUGGAUGCCCGGCUUCACACACCCAUGUACUUCUUCCUCAGCAACCUCUCCUCCCUGGACAUUGCCUUUACUACUAGCUCGGUCCCCCAAAUGCUAAUCAACUUAUGGGGACCAGACAAGACCAUCAGUUUUGGUGGCUGUGUGACCCAGCUCUAUGUUUUCCUCUGGCUAGGGGCCACUGAGUGCAUCCUGCUUGUGGUGAUGGCAUUUGACCGCUACGUGGCAGUUUGCCAGCCCCUGCACUACACUGCCAUCAUGAACCCUCGGCUCUGCGGGCUGCUGGCUGCCAUCGCCUGGCUUGGGGGCCUAGGCAACUCUGUGAUCCAAUCAACGUUCACUCUGCAGCUCCCACUGUGUGGGCACCGGAGGGUGGACAGCUUCCUGUGUGAGGUCCCUGCCAUGAUCAAGCUGGCCUGCGGAGACACGAGUCUCAAUGAGGCUGUGCUCAACGGCGUGUGCACCUUCUUCACUGCUGUCCCUCUAAGCAUCAUCCUGGCCUCCUACUGCCACAUAGCCCGGGCAGUGCUGAAGAUCCACUCGGCCAAGGGCCGGAGAAAGACCUUUAACACGUGCCUCUCCCAUCUGGUGGUGGUGCUGCUGUUCUAUGGCUCGGCCAUCUACGGGUACCUGCUUCCAGCCAAGACCGGCAGCCAGAACCAGGGAAAAUUCAUUUCCCUCUUCUAUUCCGUGGCCACGCCCAUGGUGAACCCUCUCAUCUACACUCUGAGGAACAGGGAGGUGAAGGGGGCGCUGAGGAGGAUGUUGGGGAAGGGAAGAGAAGCUGGCUGAGAGAGGGAAAACAUCAUUUACUGCCUCUUCCUCCCUACACACUGCAGCCCUACACCCCCCGGCCAGGUGAACCCGGGUACUAACCCCAGUACUACAAAGGCAUGUUCCUGACAACCCUAAGCUGCUGGGACAUGGUUAGUGUUAUUUCUAAUGUUUGACACUAUUUAAGAAACAUAUUCUACCACGGACUACAGAUAACAGGGCAGAUGUGUGUAACCGACGGCUCUAAAGUUGUCAACGUAGUACAGACCGAGCUCACUGUCUGUUAUCCACAUGUUUUUACAUACUUAUUAUGUGUAAUCAAGCCAUUCAUUAUUUUAAAUAUUUAAUUAUUAACAAUUGAUAAUUAUAAAAUCUAUUUAAUAAAUGUGUUACAUGUAAUAAAUAUGAAAUAUUUUAUGUUUCUGGUAUUUCUAGGGAAUUCUGUACUUCUCUGAAGAAAGCACGUCCACUGUUGACAAUGAUAAGGAACAAUAGCAUGUUUUACAUGCUGCUCGGGGAGGGGGAAUGGUACAACCAUUUUAGCAUUACUUAGUAAAGUUAAUAUUGUGUAUACCUAACAGUGCGCAUCCUCUAUCAUUUACUGUAGGGAUAGUCUUUCACAGACACAGCCGAUAUAUGUACAAAAACGUUCAUAGCAGCAUUGUUUAUAAUAAGCAAAAGUCAGAAACAACCCAAAUGCCCACUAACAGGAGAAAAGAUAAAUGAAAUUGUGGAAGUCACGUGGUGGAAUACUAUAUACAGCAAGAAAAAU